CUUGUUUGCAAUUCUGCUCCUCUUCAGCGCCCAUUCCAUCCAUCCCAAUCACUCCGGUUGCUCCCACCUCCCCGCCUGUAAUCCUCCCCAAAGUGCCUAUACAACCAAAUUCAAUCAGGACACCGUUUGGUUAACCCACCAACUUGAUCACCCAAAAUCAACCACAACGCGCCCAAACAAUUCAUUAUAAACCCAUUUUCCAUCUCUAACCGUUUCAAACUUGCUGCCAUUAAAUUUUCAGCAAUUGAUUCGAUGGAAUAUCGACAAAACUCCUAGGGCUGCACCAUACAGAUGAAAUGCAGAGGGAUCUACUUCGUUCCAAGAAGUCUGAAGUUCAAAGUCGUUUGUUGUCGAGAAAGCGCAAGUUAGCAGAACUCUACUCCGUUACCGCGUACCAUCACUCGCUCGAGGAUCCCAGCUACAAACAACAACUUCAAGCCUUUCACGAUGCUAACGACUUGGAACGGUAUGUUUUUGAUUUCGCUGUACCCUGAAAUAUCACCAUGCUCCUCCUGUCACCCUUUCUUGUCUUCGUUGCUGCCUACUGACGAUGCCUUCAGUGGUCGUUUAUUCGACGAGUCAACACUACCAUCUCGAUCUCCAUUAAUCAUUCAAACUCGCAAAACAAGGCUCUCCCAACGAUCCGCACACACUAGUGCCUCCCUCGAAGAUCCUCCAGAAAGCACAACAUCUCCCAAGACCUCUUUGUCACCAUCUUCGCGAUCCCCCGUUGCGACCAAGGUUCGACCAUCAUCAAAACAACCUUCCCGAGGCCCUUCAGUGGAACGUGAUAACCAAACGAAUGGAGUUGAUCCAUCUUCGAGUGCUGGCAAGGAUAAUGGGGAUACUCUCGUGCCUGUUAGCGAGGAAAAUGUCGACGCUGUCAUCUUAGAUGAUGCUAAAGCUGUCCCCAAACCCAUCACACCAGUACCGGAUGAGAAACCGGGCUCAGCAACACCAAUACCAUCCGAAGUGGCUACCGCGAGAACCUCUAAGCAUGGCUCGACAACGUCAGGACCAACUGGCGACGAUGAAACUGUGGCUCAGAUGAAUGAACAAGCGCCUCGCAGCCCUCCAUCAGUCGCAGCUAUUCCUUUAUCAAUCGACCCGCAGUCGUCACCAGCAUCUAGUAAUGCACCGGACUCUUUGGAGACUCCUGCGCCGACAGCCGGGUCGCCGGGUACCAGCCCUGGGGUCGUCGAUGCUCCAUCAACCACUACAGACCAUGUGAGCGCGACCAAGGAUGUUGAGGAACCAGGAUCUCAGUCAAUGGCCAACCAUGAUCGACCCCCACCCGGGGUAGAGGUGGGCAGAACACGUGCAGUCUCUCCGACGGAUAUUGAGAUGACAGAUGCGCAAGGAGACAUUGGAAAGCAAUCUUCCGGCGACCCCAAGACAGGCCACGGCCAAAAGCCUUCGAUGCGCAUCGACACUCAAACCGAUAUUCAAACAUACUUCAAACCUGAUUCAACCAGUGGCGCUGGGGCUGUGGUGGAUAGUCCUGCCCAGAUGACUACAGCUGGUACUCCGAAACGACUUCCAUCAACCACUCCCGCCGCACAUGAACCUCCAAAACGGGCUACCCGCAUCUCAUCUGGAGUGCUCCAGAAGAAAUCCGUCUCAGAAAUCCUUGGAGAAUCCCCACGAGUCACCACUCCACAAGCUGAAUCACCUUUAUCUUCAGUUCUAUCCCCACAGGGACGAACUGGUGAUCGGGAUCGGCGCGAAAAGGAACGGAGCCGGAUGUCCACAGUGGUCUUUGCCAAACCCUCGAAGGCUGCUAGCGAUGACACAGCGGUAAAGUUGCGUAGUGAUGAGCGAAGUGUCCAGAAAUCUACGCCAGGAGAACGAGAUUACUUGUACACGCUUUUCGAAAACAAGGCACAUUCAAUGUCAAGACAGACAUCCAUGUCCUACCUGAUUCAAAAUGCCCACAAGACUCUAUCAACUGCAGACCACCUCGUCGAGUAUGAAUUGUCAGCACAAUGUCGGAUCUUGAAGCGCCUAUAUCAACUUCAGGAGAAGCAACGCUGGGCUCUCAGACAGUACAAACGCGUUGACGAGGUUCCACGACCAACCUCGCACUGGGAUUUUGUUGUUGACCAUGUCAAGUGGCUGAGAACGGACUUCAAGGAAGAGCGCAAAUGGAAAAUGGCAGCCGCCAAAGACAUGGCUGAAUGCUGUGCAGAAUGGGUCGAGAGUGCUCCAGAAGUCAGGAAAACACUCCAGGUACGUACACAUGCGCCCAGGCCACUUGUGCAGUUACUGGAUUCGCAUGACGUUGCCAUGGAGGAUGCCGAGGGACAAAACGUGUCGUCCCAUUCAACUCCCGAACUGAUACCUUCCAACGAGGAUGACUCGCUCAGCGAUGAUGUGGCUGAUCCCCGAGAUGUUCACCUUACGAACGCGCCAGCUGCCAUCUUUGCCCUGGGCCCAACCGAUUUCAACUUUGCCGUGGAUAGGACGCCUGCUUUUGAUAAACUUCUUGGGGAAUUACCUCUGUACGAACCUGCAACCAUUCAGCCGGAUCUUUCCAAGUCUACACUAGCGGAACGCCUGGAUGCGAAGUGGAAGACAGACAUAGUGCCAGUGUCACGAUGGGCUACCGAAAAACUUCCCGUCAAGAACCACUCUCCGCCAGUCAAGCGUAGCCGAUACGACUAUGAACUGGAACCACCAAAUGCCAAAUCGACUAUACUGCCACCAGAGGAGAACAAUGUUGCACUCUUCAUGCCUGAGAACAAGCACACGCGAGAUAGGAUUCAUCCGGGCCAUUCCUUCCGCCCACCAUCCGAGCACCCUAUGCCAGGGCAAAACUUUUUCGAGACUAGGUCGUCAUCGCAAUGGACCCUUGCUGAGGAUGAUGAGCUUCGAAAGCUGGUCAAAGAUUACUCUUACAACUGGUCGUUGAUUUCAAGUUGCAUCACUCCUCGCAGCUCCUACACAUCUGGUGCCGACAGAAGGACCCCAUGGGAAUGUUUCGAAAGAUGGAUUGGGUUGGAAGGACUGCCAGCAGACAUGUCCAAGACACAGUACUUCAAGACAUACUCUUCGCGAAUCGAGGCUGCUGGGAGACAUGUCGCUGCUCAAGUCGAAGAAGCCCAAAGAAGAGCUGGUAACAAUGUCCAGAUACCUGCUCGAAAGAGAACCACCCAGCCCGUCAGAGUGGAGAGGAAGAGGACUCAACGUCAUCUCGCCAUGCUUGAUGCUAUGCGCAAGCUGGCCAAGAAACGUGAGACUGCUUUGCAGAAGCAACAACAUCAAGCAGACCUUGCUGCUAUGCGGAAGGUCAAUGAUGCAAAUGUUCCCAAGCCGUCCUAUAAAACACCCGCAGAGUUCUCUCAGCUUAAGCAAGAGCGCGAACAGAGGAUGGCAGAGAGGCAGGAGAUGUAUAGACAGCAGCUCAUUGCCCAUCAACGUGCUACCGCACAACAACAGCGUGGCCAAGCCACUCAGCCAAACGGCAUACCCAGUGGCCUCCCUGCUGGAGCUCCUGGGAUGCGCGGCCCUCCAAAUGGAGGAAUGCCUAAUAUGCCAAAUGCGAACAUGCCAAUGCCUAACGGCGUCGCUCGACCCCAUCCAGGCGUCAUGGCUAUGCAAGGUCACAUGCAGAUGCCUCCAGGCAUGGGAGGACCAAAAGCCAUGACCCCGCAAAUGCAAGCUCAAAUGCAAGCGCAGAUGCAAGUUCGAGGUCAAGCCAACUCUCCUCAACAGAUGCGAAUCCUGCAGGAAGCAAGCCGGGUCCAGCAAGAGCAGCUUAUGAGGCAAGCUCAACAAGCCCAAAACGGAGCUCAUUCUUCGCCCAACGGCCCACAUGGCGGUAUGAUCAACGGCAAGGGUAUGAACAAUGCUGCCUAUAUGGCUGCUAUGGCAGGCGCAAAUGGUGUUGGCCCUUCUCCCGGCCCUAUGAACGGAACGCCUGCAUCACCUCGACCUCCGUCUUCGGGACAAGCUCUUUCCAGCGGCCACAUACCUGUGCUGACCCAAGUUGCCAACAAGAUUCGGGAGCACCAUCCAAAUAUGGCCGAAGCAGAUAUCCAACGCUUAGCCUCGCAGCAGAUCGCCACAUAUCAGCAACAAGCUACAGCCGCGGCAGCUGGACAGACCCAGAAACGACCUGCCCAUAAUCAAGCUGCGCUCAAUGCUGCCAUGGGUGCAGUCAAUGCCGGGAAUCACGCAUCGGCAGCAGCAGCCGCCGCCGCAGCCGCCCAAUUCCAACAAGGACACCCUGGAAUGAUGACCAACGAGCAAGUGCAGCAAUUCCAGCAUAGAAUGCGGAUGCAACAAGCGCAGCAGAAUAAUGUUCCCCGCAACAUGCAAGGACAAAUGCAGGCUGGAAUGAUGCAGAAUAUGGCAAAUGGCAUGAAUGGGUCACCUGUGAUGAACAUGGCGCGACCAGUGAGUCAGCACGCGAAUCAAGGGCAAAUGAGCCGAAGUGCAACACCUCGAGACCAACGAGCGGGAAGUCAGGGUAAUAUGAGCGCUAACCAAACUGCCACUCCCAUCCCUCAAGGACCUGGCCAACAGGGCAGUCCCCGUCAAGCUCAGUCGACUGUUCCGGCAUAGGAUUGAUUUGGUAGUGAGGCGAAACAUGGCCUAGACUUCAUGUGUGGGUACACGUGUUAUCAUUUAUCAAAGCGGUAGUAUGCUUCGAUGGAUGGAAAAUAUACAUGGGCAAUAUGGCCUAAGUAUACCGUGGAUAGAGAUCAAGUAUUUUUUUUUGCUGAUUGGCAAACGUGUGUCUUCACAUCAUUCAAGCAUAAUCCAUACCCAGCAUGCAAUGUCUUUGGCAGACUGACCGUGUUUUGUCAAUACUGGCUCU